AUGGCGCACCGCCCACGACACGUCCUCAUCACAGGCGGCAGCCGAGGCAUCGGCCUCGCAAUCGCACAACUCUUCUCCAAAAACGCAUACCGCUGCACCCUAAUCUCACGCUCAGAACCCGAUCUGAAAACCGCCAUAGCAAGCCUAACACCCCUCCCAUCCACCUCAUCACCAGAAACACCGUCGAACCCAGAGACACAUGACCCUGCGGAACCACCAUCAUACCAACACGGCUACAUCGCAGGCGACAUAUCCCUAGGUUCCAACUUCUGGCACUUGCACCCCUCGCGCCCUUUCAUCGCUCACCUACCCAAGCCAGAGCGCACGGCGUUCUCGACACAUCCUUCGCGCAUCGAUGUCGUGGUGAAUUGUGCGGGUGUCACGCAGGCGAAGCUCUUCUCGGGAUUGAAUGAAGAGGACCUGGAAAGUAUUGUUCGGACGAAUCUUACUUCUAUGAUGCUGGGGACCAAGUUUUUGUUACGUCAAGCUGAAGAUAAAGCUCCUGUCAUCAUCAACGUCAGUUCGCUGCUGGGUUUGCAAGGCGGCUACGGAGCCGUUGCGUAUGCGGCGUCGAAAGCGGGUGUUUUGGGGUUUACUCGUGCUUUGGCUACGGAGUAUGCGAGUCACAAAGUGCGGGUUAAUGCUAUUGUACCUGGAUACGUGGAAACAGACAUGACAAAAGGUACGCAUGCCACGGUGUUGUUUGUUAAGGUGUGCUCUAACCACGGCCAGACCUGA